CCAAAUGUUACAGUUCCUCAUAGGAUCCCACAGUGUUUCCAGCGCGGCAUUGAACCCCAUGAAGAUUCUUGAGAGAGAAAGAAGAGGAGAGAGAAUGCCGAUGGAGGUUUGGUGAGGUGAGACUUGAGAGGAAAGCGAAGCAGCAAGAAGCUGCCAGUCAAACAGUUCUAUUCUCUUUUGGGUGCGGGAGUUUCCGCUUGAAAUCCUCAAUUCUGCCUUUUAGUUAUUGAAUUGGGGUUUCCUUUAUAAAUUCUGGUCAGCCUUUAAUUAUCAAGCCUCUGGAUAGCUGAAUAACAGAAGAUAUGGCGACGCGUCUGCAUAAGAAUUCUAGACGAAUGUAUUCUUGGUGGUGGGAUAGUCACAUAAGCCCCAAGAACUCAAAAUGGUUGCAAGAGAAUCUCACAGAUAUGGACUCAAAAGUAAAGGCGAUGAUCAAGCUUAUCGAAGAGGAUGCGGAUUCCUUUGCGAGGAGGGCAGAGAUGUACUAUAAGAAGCGUCCGGAGCUCAUGAAACUGGUGGAAGAGUUCUAUCGAGCUUAUCGGGCCUUGGCUGAACGAUAUGACAAUGCAACUGGUGUCCUUAAACAGGCCCACAAGACAAUGUCAGAAGCAUUUCCUAACCAAAUGCCCAUGCUGUUGGGUGAUGAUUCAGAAACUGAUACUCAAACUCCUGAGAAGGAUGAUGCUGGAAAGAGGAAUGGAGGAUACAGCGAAGAAUCUGAUUCUGUAACCAACCGGUUUGACUCUAUAAAGUCGAGAAGAGGCCUUAAUUUCAACGAGGUGGAUGAUAGUAGCUCAGAAGAGAUACAUAGACUCGAGAAGGAGAUCCAAACCUUGAAGGAAUCACUUGCCAAGUUAGAAACUGAAAAAGUGAUUGGCCAGGAUGAAUACCAAAAAAGUCAGAAACAAUUGUCUAUAAUACAUGAGGAACUCUCUAAAGCACAAACGAGUUCAAGUGGUCUUAACGAGAGAGCUGAUAGGGCAGAGGGUCAAGUUCAGUCUUUGCGAGAAGUGAUUGAUAAACUAAAUGAGGCAAAGGAAGCCAGCCUUCUCCAAUAUGAGCAAUGUCUAGAGAAGAUAUCUAACCUUGAGAGAGAUCUAUCUGAUUCGAAGGAAAAAACCGAGGAACUAACCAAUCAAGCAACUAUAGCCGAGACUGAUGUUCAAUCCGUGAAGCAAGAACUUGCUUCAGUGGAGUUAGAAAAGACUGCUGCUUUUGGUCAAUAUACAGAGGCUUUAGAGAAAAUAUCGGCUCUAGAUGCAAAAUUACUGGUUGCUCAAGAAGAUUCCAGAAGAUUUAAGGAACAAGCUGAGAAAGCUGAAUCUGAAGUAGAAUCAUUGAAGCAAGCUCUCCAUAAAACGAAGGAAGAGAAGGAAGUUGCAGCUCUUAACUAUCAGCAGUGCUUGGAGACAAUUUCUAGUUUGCAGCUUAAUAUUCAUUGUUUGGAAGAAGAAAUCAAUAAGCUUAAGAGUGAAAUAGAAAACAAUGUUGAGAAGCUUAAGGAUGCUGAAGAAAAACGUCUUCUAUUGGAACAAUCAAACCAAUCUCUUCAUUCUGAGCUAGAAUCUGCAGCAAUGAAGAUGAGUUCUCAAGGGCAUGAACUUACGGAAAAACAAGAUGAAUUGGGAAGGUUAUGGGCAAGUCUACAAGAAGAGAGAAUACGUUUUGUGGAGGCUGAAACUGCUUUCCAGACACUGCAGCAUUUGCAUUCAAAAACCCAGGAAGAGAUGAGAUACGUUUCUUUGGAGCUGCAAAAUAAACUUCGACUCCUAAGUGACUUUGAGACACAAAAUGAGAGUUUGCGUGAUGAUGUCCAGAAGAUGUUGGAGGAGAACAAGAGCCUCAACGAUCUGAAUUCAUCUUCAGCAGUGUCAAUAAAGAACAUGCAAGGUGAGGUAUUGGGCUUGAGAGAGGUGAAGGAAAAACUAGAGGGGGAGGUUGAGGUUCGAGUUGACGAGAGGAAUGCUCUUCAACAGGAAAUCUAUUGUCUAAAGGAAGAAAUGAAUGUAUUUAACGAAAAGCAUCAGACUAUAUUAUCCCAGAUAGAUGCAGUUGGGUUUAAGCCGGAUUCUCUGGAGUCGUCAGUAAGAGAAUUGCAAGAUGAGAAUUUGGGGCUGAAAGAAAAUAUAGAGAGAGAAACAAGUGAAAAAAUCGCCCUCUUGGAGAAGCUGGAAAUAUUGGAGAAACUUUUGGAGAAAAAUGCUCUGCUGGAGAAUUCACUUUUGAAGUUGGGUUCUGAGUUGGAGGAGGCUAGAACCAAUAUAAAAGUGUUGGAAGAAUCAAUCGAAUCUCUUUUGGUGGAAAAAUCUGCUAUUAUUGAUGAGAAAACUGUUCUAAUGACUCAGUUAAAGGAAACUACCGAAAAUUUGCAGAAGCUUUCCGAGAAAAACACGUUCUUGGAAAAUUCCCUUUCUGAUGCACACGACGAAUUAGAUGGGCUGAAGGAUAAAUUGAUAAAACUGGAGGAUUCCUGCCAGUUGCUCCAAAAUGAGAAAUCUGAACUUAUCAAUGAAAAAGGUAAUCUCAAGUCUCAGGUGGAAAUUACUCAGCAAAGGCUAGAAGAUCUUCAGAAAUUGUAUGCAGAGCUUGAGGAGAAAUCACAGGCUUUGGAGAAAGAGAGACAUGUCGCUCUCUCUAAAGUCCUAGAAAUUCAGGUUUCUUUGGAUGCAGAAAAGCAAGAGCAUUCUCUUUUCGCCAAGAGGAGCGAGACACAGGCGACCAUAAUGCAAUCUCGGAUUAAUCUUCUGGAAGAAGAAUGUCAACUGAAAAGAGGAGAACUCGAUGAAGAGAUUGAAAAAUCCAUGGAUUCUCAAAUUGAAAUCUUCGUGUUAAAGAAAUCUGCUCAAGAGCUCAAACAAAAGAGUCAGGGUCUGUUGAUUGAGUGCCACAAACUCAUGGAAGCAUCCAAAUCAUCUGAAAAACUUAUAUCCGAGUUAGAGCUUCAGAAUCUCGAGAAACAAGCAGAAGCUGAAUCCUUCUCCGAGCAGUUGAAGAUCUUCAGGACAGGUCUAUAUCAGUUAUUGAAGGUUCUCGAAAUUGAAGUAGGCAACGAGGAUGGAGAAAAGAUUGGACGAGACCAAACAAGUCUGAACCGAGUAGUAAGCAAGCUGGAAGAUUUAAAAUCGGAUCUGUAUUUGACCCGUGAUGAAAAUAAGCGGUUAGCUGUGGAGAUAUCUGUUUUCUUUGCUCUUCUCAGGCAAUUGAGCAUAGAACUGAAGAUUCUUGAGAAGGAGAAACAGGAUGUUGAUAAAGAACUGAGUGACCGGAAUGAGCAGCUGUCAGUCCUGCAUAUUGAGACCCGUGAACUUCUUCAUACAAAUAAAGAAUUGCAUUAUCAAAUGAAGGAAAGAGAUCAAAAGGAGGAGGAAUUAAUGUCUCAGAUAGAGAAUCUUAACUGCAAGUUGUCAGAUAUCCAGAGGGCUUAUGAAAAUUUGCAAUUGGAGAGCUCUAAGACUCUUGAAGAGAAAAGGCUAGUGUCAGUUCAGUUCUUGGACUCAGAGGAGAGGAACCAUAAUCUAGAAGAGCAAAAUUUGUUUGUUCUUUCUGAAGCUCUAUCUAUGAGUAAUAUUUCUUUUGUUUAUAAGAACUUCAUUGAUGACAAAGUAAUGGAACUCCAAAAACUUGGAGAAGAUCUAGACAAUGUUCACGCUAUUAAACAUUCCCUUGAUGUUAAACUGAGAACAAUGGAAGAGACGUUAGUGUUUUCAGAAGUUGACCGUUUGCUUUUCAAAGAGACCCUGAAGGAUACGGAGGAUGAGUUGAGAACAGCUAGAUCCGUCAAUGAACAAUUGGGUUGUGAAAUCUUGGAAAAGAAGAAUUUCUUAAGCCUGAAGGAAAAGGAGCUCUCUGAAACAGGAUCUAAACUGACAGACCUUGAGAGGGAGAAAUCAGAGUUUCAGAUUGCAGUGGAGGCUCUGACAAUGGAGAAUAGCGGGCUUAAGAUGGCCAUGGAAGAUCAUAAAAAGCAGAUUCUAAAUAUAUCGGAAGACAAUGAUGACAUGAAAAAGGAGAAUGGUCGCCUUGGUGAAGUAAAUAUGGAACUCGAGUCUGAACUCUAUCGAGUGCGUGAUGAAUAUGAAAGAUCGAGUACAAGAGAGAGUACAUUGUGCUCUCAGUUGGAGAGUUCUAGGGUUGAUAAAGAAAUAUGGGAAACUGAGGCAACCGUGUUUUACGACAAGCUGCAGGCUUCUGAGAUUUCUAAGAUUCUAAUGGAAGAGAACGCCCACGAGCUUGAUGGAGCUCUUAAAAGUCUUGAAGAUGAAAUGGUUUGUAAAGACACAGAAAUUGAACAACUCAAGGAAACUGUCGGUCACGUGGAGGGUGAAAAUGGAGAACUCAGAGCUCAGUUAGCUGCUUAUAUUCCUGCCCUCAUUUCCUUGAACGAUGUUGUAUCUUCCUUGGAAAACCAUACACUUUUCAACCCAAAGGAUCAAGACACUGACAAUCAUAAAGAAAAGGAAAUGGAAACGUUGAGUGACCCUAUUGAAAGCUGCGACAAAGUAAGUGAAGGCCAAACAAAGGUAGAUGCAGUUUCAGAGUUGAUGGAUCUCCAAACCAGGCUUAGAGUUGUUGAACAGGCCAUUUUCCAAAUGGAAAGUGUGGCAACACAAAGGAACAUAGACACUGAUGCUAAACUUGCAGCUGCAAUGAAGCAGAUCGAAGAUUUGGUUUCCAAGACCAGCUCGGACAAGCUAAAUCAUGAGCCUUCUUCAGAAAUAUCUGAAAUGGAGAACGGGCUUAUGACGAAAGAUAUUAUGCUUGAUCAAGUAUAUGGUAUAAGCAAGAAAGAGAAUGCGGAUACAGAUUAUGAUUUGCCGGUAUCAAGAAGAAAUUCUGAGGGUGAUGAGAUAAAGGCAGUUAAAGAGAAAAACCGCAAUACCAGUUCAGAGAUUUUCUUUGAGAAGGAAAUGAGCGUUGUGGACAAACAAGAGAUUUCCCGCAGAUUUUCCAGUUCUCGUCGGGAAAUUGGCAAGAGGAGGAUUUUGGAAAGGCUAGAUUCUGACGUCCAGAAACUGAUGAACGUUCAGAUUACGGUUCAAGACUUGAAGACAAAAAUGAUGAUUACCGAGAAGAGAGGCAAGAGAAAGACUUUAGUGGACUGGGACACAUUGAAAGAGCAGCUUGAAGAAUCGGAGGCAACUAUGCAGCAAUUAAUCGAGCAAAAUGCAAAACUGGUGAAGAAUAUUGAAGAGAAAACUCUACCAUCUGAUUGGAAAUCAAUAGAUUUUGACGAGAACAGGGAGACCAAGAGAUCUAGAGUCAUUGAUCAGGCGCGAAAACUGUCUGAGAAAAUUGGGCGGCUACAAUUGGAAGUGCAGAAGAUUCAAUUUGUGUUGCUCAAAGUGGAGGAUCAGAAGGAAAGUAAAGGAAAAACCACCAGAAUCUCCGAAUUUAAAAGAAGAGUUCUUCUAAGCGAUUAUCUCUAUGGCAAUGGAAAAUCUAGUAGCCAGAAACAGAAGAAUAUGAAAUUUUGUGGGUGUGUCCAGCCGCCAACUAAGGGAGACUGAGUAUUUUUCCAGAUUGAGAUCGGCAUUACAGUAGGGUUUAUAUAUGUUUCAUGCUUCAUUAUUAAUUUUUUCUUUCUUUCUAGAUUUAAUAUGUGUUUAUUAUUAUAAGAUAUGUUAAUGAAUGUUGGAAUAAGUUCAGACUUCUAUCAAAAAGAAAAUCUCUCUAGGUUUGUUUGUAUGAGAGCAAUUUCCCAUCAUUUUAAACUUUUUGUAUUACAGGUUCUUACUUCUUCUGUACAUGACCUGUUUUGUUUCUUUCACAAUAAGCUGAGCAAUGUUUCUUGGUGUUUGUA